AAAUCUCACCAAUUUGUCAAAAGAAUACCAGUUGAUUCUUCACGGAACCUUCACUAUUCUGGGCUUAGUUUCUCAGGAAACAUCAUAGCCACCUCGGACCGGUACCCAUGUUUUUUUUUAAUUUUUUAUUUUUAUAGGAGCCAUAUAUUAACCCCUCUAUAUAUACAUCAUAUAAACCAUUAAUGAAUCUACUACAACUGUCUGUCAGCCUUAUUACGCAUAAACACUUUGGUUACCAAUUCCUUCAACAACUUUAAUUAAAGCCAUUCACAGCUCAAGCAAAUAUUAAAACUCUCCUGCCUUAAGAACAGACACUAUACAGUCUCGCUUUGCACAAGUUCGUGAACCUUUUCCUUUCUUCAGCUACAAGAACAAAAUGGUGUUCAAGUUGAAUAAUCAAUUGUUAUCAAAGAUAGCAAUAGGUGAUGGACAUGGCGAGAAUUCACCAUAUUUUGAUGGAUGGAAAGCAUAUGACAGUGAUCCAUUUCAUCCCAUAGACAAUCCAAAUGGUGUUAUUCAGAUGGGUCUUGCAGAGAAUCAGCUUUCUUUUGAUGUUGUCCAAGAAUGGCUCAAGAACAACCCAAAAGCUUCUAUUUGCACUCCUGAAGGAGCGGAUGAGUUCAAGAAUGUUGCUAUUUUUCAAGAUUAUCAUGGUUUGCCAGAAUUUAGAAAUGCUGUUGCAAACUUUAUGGCAAAAGUUAGGGGAGAUAGAGUAACAUUUGACCCUGACCGCAUCGUUAUGAGCGGAGGAGCUACCGGAGCUCAUGAGAUGAUAGCCUUCUGUUUGGCCGAUCCCGGCGAUGCAUUUUUGGUACCUACCCCUUAUUAUCCGGGAUUUGAUAGAGACCUGAGAUGGAGAACAGGAGUUCAACUGAUCCCAGUCGACUGUGACAGCUCAAACCAGUUCAAAGUUACAAGAGAAGCUUUGGAAAAUGCUUAUGAAAUGGCACAAUACGACAAUAUCAAUGUCAAGGGUUUGCUCAUAACUAAUCCAUCAAAUCCCUUAGGUACAAUCUUGGACAGGGAAACACUAAGAAGUAUUGUAGGCUUCAUCAAUGAAAAGAACAUCCAUUUAAUCUGCGAUGAAAUCUACGCAGCCACAGUUUUUAGCCAGCCCGAAUUUGUUAGCAUUGCGGAGAUAAUAGAAGAAGAGGAAUGCGACCUUGAUCUCAUUCACAUUGUUUAUAGUCUGUCUAAGGAUUUGGGAUUUCCUGGAUUUAGAGUUGGUAUUGUUUACUCUUACAAUGAUGCAGUGGUAAAAUGUGCUCGAAAAAUGUCAAGCUUUGGAUUAGUAUCAUCACAGACACAACAUCUAAUCGCAUCGAUGCUAUCAGAUGAUGAGUUUGUAGAGAGGUUCAUCAUGGAGAGCAAGAAAAGGUUGGCUGCAAGAUAUAGUGUCUUCACCAAAGGACUUGCUCAAGUAGGGAUUAGAUGUUUGAAGACAAGCAAUGCAGGACUGUUUUUAUGGAUGGAUUUGCGUAGGCUACUUAAAGAUCAGAGUGUUGAAGGAGAGAUGGCACUGUGGAGAGUAAUAAUCAACGAUGUUAAGCUCAAUGUUUCGCCUGGUUCUUCUUUCCAUUGCACUGAGGCAGGUUGGUUUAGAGUUUGCUUUGCUAACAUGGAUGAUAAGACAAUGGAAGUUGCUUUAUCAAGAAUCAGAACAUUCGUUCUUCAAAACAAGGAAGCUAUGAAGCCAAUGAAGAAAUUAUUGUGGCAAAGCAGCCUCAAACUCAGCUUCUCCUCUCGAAUUUAUGAUGAUUUUAUCAUGUCUCCUCGUUCUCCUAUACCGCAAUCGCCUCUCGUUCGAGCCAGAAAUUAGAGCAUGUUCGGCGUACUAUAAUGGAAUAUACAUAUAUUGGAAUGUAAAUGAAACAGAUCAAGAAAUCUAUUUCAUUACAUUCGACUAUAUUCUCCAUUACAGUCAAAUAAAACUCAACUUCUAACCAUUUCUUUAUGCAACUGAAGGAAAAAGGUUGAUCAAUUCUUUCAUAUUUUUCACUAGGGUAUUAAUUAUCCUUUUCUACAUUAUCUUUUUCUUUCUUUUCCUUGUAAAGUAUUAUGUUAAAUUUGCUGUGAAGGCAUAUGUUUUUAGUGUACUGAUUACCAAUUUUGAUUGUAACCCAUUUUGGCAAAGAAAAUGUGUCAUAUGGGAAACUAUAUAUUGGUUCAUGCAUCUCCCCUUGUAUAGUUGUGAUUCUUUCUUCCUUUUAUGUUAAAUGUAAGUCUUAUUUUUCUA